CGGGUGUGUUCGUCGUGAAAAUCUAAAAUUCAACAAAUAAUAAAGGUUUGAAACUCUUAUUAUUAUAAUACGACACCGGUAACAAGCAGUGUGUGUUUCGGUCAACUUCCGACUUGUGGUAACUGUGUUCGUCGAACAGUGUUGAUAAACAUUAAAUUGUGUUGAAUCUAAAAUUGACCUGUGUGAUAACAAUUCGAAAAAAAAAACAAACAAAAUCAGUGGAAAGAAAAGUGUAAUCGUACUGUAAGUUCAGCGGAAAUGACGGCACCAACACCUGUUAAAAAAGUACCCAUUCAUCUUCAGAGUGCUCAAAAUCGUUUAUACAUCAAACAUGGAACGGUUGUGAAUCACGAUGGUCAUUUCAAGGCCGAUGUUUAUGUCGAAGAUGGCAAAAUUAAAUAUGUCGGUCCAAGCUCGGAUUUCGUCGUACCUGGCGGAGUAAAAAUAAUUGAUGCCGCAGGUCGCCUUUUAAUUCCCGGUGGAAUUGAUCCGCACACACAUUUUCAGCUUCCAUUCGGUGGCACAGUUUCGGUGGACGAUUUUUAUAAGGGUACAAGAGCGGCCGUUGCUGGCGGUACAACUACCAUAAUUGAUUUUGUGAUUCCGAACAAAAAUCAGUCAUUGAUCGAGGCUUAUGACGAAUGGCGAUCGUGGGCUGAUGGGAAAGUGUGUUGCGAUUAUGGGUUUCACGUUGCCGUUACAUGGUGGUCGAAAUCGGUGCAAAAGGAAAUGAAAAUCCUAUGCGAAGAGCGGGGCAUUAAUUCGUUUAAAGUGUUUAUGGCAUACAAAGGUCUGUACCAGUUGGACGAUACCGAGCUGUACGAGGUGUUCGAGACGUGUAAAGAACUGGGAGCCGUAGCAAUGGUACAUGCCGAAAACGGAAGUAUUAUAGCGAAAAAUGCGGAAAAAUUGCUGAAUGCUGGGGUGACUGGACCCGAAGGACAUGAAUUGUCUAGAAAUGAAGAGGUCGAAGCAGAAGCUGUUAACAGAGCCUGCAUUAUUGCUCAUCAGGUGAAUUGUCCAUUAUAUGUAGUGCAUGUUAUGAGUAAAUCGGCAGCCUUAGAAUUAGCCAGAGCUCGUCAGCGGUACGAUGGUGUUGGUAUCUUUGGUGAAACGUUAGCAGCAGCUCUGGGCAGUGAUGGUACCAAUUAUCGUCAUCAUUGCUUCAAUCAUGCUGCUGCCCAUGUUUUAAGUCCACCAUUAAGGCCAGACAUCACAACACCUGAGUGUUUAAUGAAAUUUUUGUCGCAAAACCAUCUCCAAACAACUGGCAGCGAUAACUGCACUUUCAACAAGGACCAAAAAGAGUUGGGCAAAGGAGAUUUUACAAAAAUUCCAAACGGAGUCAAUGGCGUAGAAGAUCGAAUGUCCGUUGUAUGGGAGAAAGGCGUGCAUGGUGGAUUGAUUGAUCCAUGCAAAUUUGUUGCAAUUACCAGCACCAAUGCUGCGAAAAUUUUCAACCUAUACCCGCAGAAAGGACGAAUCGAGGCUGGCUCGGAUGCGGACAUUGUCGUCUGGAAUCCGACUGCAACCCGAACCAUAUCAGCGAGCACACAUCGCCAGGCAUGCGAUUUUAAUAUUUUCGAGGGUAUGACAUGCCAUGGCGUUCCAGAGUGUGUUAUUGUCAAAGGGCGUGUAUGCGUUGAAGACGGACUGCUUCGUGUCGCUGAAGGAUAUGGUACUUUCUUGGAGACGCCAGUUUCACCGCCAUUUGUGUACAAUGGUAUCAAUGGAAUUAAAAAUGGCGACGAGGAGUCGACCAACGGCGAUGCCAAGCAUUUGAAUAUUGAAGAAGAAUUGGCUAUUGAAAUUCCUGCGCCGGAACCACUAUCGAAUUUCUUGUCGGGCCUAGCCCUGAGUGUAUCUUCUGAUACAACCAGAGCGAGUACACCGACCGGCAGAGCAAUGCGACAAGAUGGUCAACGGAAUCUUCAAGAUUCGACAUUCUCAAUCAGCGAGGAAAUUGAUACUGCCGAGCAGCGUUCGUCUAUUCGUGUAAGAAAUCCACCAGGCGGCAAGUCAAGUGGUUUUUGGUAAACAAUCCGAGUCGAGAGUUUAAAUCAACAGAAUAUAUUUAAUGUGCAAUAACCAAUCAUUAGUAUCACAAAUAUCCUUCAAAGUCGUCGUUCGUUCCAUUCUCAUUUAUUAUCUCGCACAUCAAAUUAUUUCUAUGAAAGAGGUGACAAUGUCCUUGCUUGCGUAAUAUUUUUCAGUUGGAAAUUUUCGCGCAAUUUGUCAUUAGGUGAAUUCACGGCUAUGAAAUACACUCAGUACAUUAUGUAUCUUGUCUAUGUCGAAUUAUCUCUGACAAAUGGUUGCCAUGUCAGAGGUGCCGACUUUGGCCAAGAUUAUUUUUCACAACGCAGGCGAAAAAAUACUAAUUUUCUCACUUCCCUCUUUGUUAUGAAAAAUGCUAACAUUGACCUCGGGUCAGAAAAAGUAGGAAAUUCUUAUUUCCUCGAGUGACACAAACGACUCACCGGAAAUCAAAUUUUCAACUUUUUUCCCCAUUGGUAAACAAAUAACUAUUUCAUAUGUGCGGUGUGAUAGAAUGAUGUUUUGUUGACGCUCUGUCAGAUGACAGAAGUAUUCUUGUUUUGACAGGUGAGAAAAUAGAAAUUUUCUACACCGAACUGUUAUCUUUGUUGUGAAGAAUGAUUUAACGAAUUGGUGUUUAUGUUUCGUAAAAAAAACGGUUAAUUACACCUCUAACGUAUGAAAGACGUUGUGUUUACUUCUGUAAGCAAAAUAAGGAAUUCGAACUCGAGUAAUUCUCGGUCUCGCUCCGCUCUGCCCGUCAAAUACUUUCUCAUUUGGUACAAUUGCUCCCCUUAUAAUCGGCACCACUGCCGUGUAUUCGUUUGUCAUUUUGUCGCAGUAUUCCAUCGUCAAGCGAGUCGCCACCGGUCAUCGGUGGCUUUUUUUAUUUUUACAAGUUGGUACACUUGCAUUGGUAGUACCAAAUUGAUACAUUAUACCCUCUAAAAACCAGUUGCUUCCGCCUACAAACUAAGCGAGCUAACCUCAAUCUAUUAUCGACUAUUAAUCAACGAAAUAUACCUGAGAAUAUUUCUGCAUAAUUUACUUUCGUGAACUCCCUCAACCAUUCAUAUAAUAUCUAUAAACAUCAAAAUGUCAUGAAGACACUUUAUAAGGCAGAAUCACGGGAUCACUCGUUUUUACAAUGAUUAAAUUCUGGUGCGAAUGUCAGCACUUUCAAUUGUUCUGUUCGAUGUGCUCGACAAUAAAUGAGACUGAAACGAAACCAAAUUUUUUAUUUUAUUUUAAUUUCCGAUUUUUUAUAAGACCAGUCUGCCCAGGAAAUAGAUGUUAUUAACUAACCAAAUGAAUCAAAUACAAUAAAUUCGUAGAAUUAUAUGGAAAAAUGAUCAAACGUAAGCCAAAGCCUUUUUUAUACUUUUAUUAAAUACAAUAAAUGGAAAAAAAUAAAUUAAAUUAAAUUAAGGAACAAAUUAAAUGAAAUUCUUCGCACGUAAUGUCCAAAUAAUAACAUUAUUCAGCAAAUUAAAGGACGGGGAAGGGGGGAAAUUGAUAAAUAAAAUUUUAAUUGAUUAAAGAAGCUAAAUAAAUUUCUUAUAAAUGCAAAGGCUUAUUCAAAUUGGAAUAUCUAUAAAGACGCACAACAAAAUUGAAAACAAAGGGUAGAUAAACAAACAUUUCGUUGGAUUAAUUUAUGGUAAAAUGAUCGUGAACAAGGAACAUCCAUGAGGACAUCCUCCAUCCAGUGUUGCCAUACAGGUCUUACAUCAUUGAUGACUCCAUAAAUAUAAUUCUCUGAAGUGUCAAAUGUAUGACCGACCCUUCCAAAUGCCCCCUAAAUAGGGGGAUAGAUAAUAAAUUUAACUUCCGAAAAUGAGGAUUUGUCGAGGUAUUACUUUGUUUGACAACACUGAAUGGGGCCGCUAUUUAUGGAUAUCCUCUGACAUCAGAUUAAUAUUUUUAGCUAGAAUGUUCUAAAGCCUUGGAGUGCUGUUAUAGACGUUUUCGCAACAAGUGACGAAAAGUAGGACUUUCCGUAACCUUUAUUGCGAAAAGUGUUGUAUACAACUCCAUGAUAAAUGCUUUUUUAGGCACACGAUGUGACAAUCUUCACAUCUAGUGCCUAAAAAGCAUUUAUCACUCGGAUGUAUAAAAAACUAUUAUCUACCCCUUAUGAUGAUAAUGAUGAUGAUGAUAUAAUGUUCAGCUUUUAAUUAUGAUCAGUUAACAUUCAAAGGACAAAAAUAAAUGGAAUGAAUAGAUGUUUAAGAGAUAAACUCUAAUUAAAUAUAUAUUAUCUAAGACUAA